AUCCGUUAGAAAAGCAGAGUAGCAGACAACAAAAUUAAUUCAUUGCUGUUGCUGUUUUAUAUUUUAUAUAUUAGAAUGGUUAUUACUGUGAAAUUAUUAUUUUUAAACAUUAUUUUGCAUUUCUAAUCAUUUUUAGGUUUCUAAUUUAAUUUGUUUUUGCAAUGUGUAAAUGUGCAAAUUGUUCGAUUCUUGGAUGCUAGCAAGCUAGGUGCAUCUGAUCAGUGGUCACCAGGUUUUCAGUUUAUUAGGGCUAUUUUAUAGUUUGAACCGUCUACAAAAAGCUUUUCAUAGAAAUAUCGUCACAAAAAGAAGAUGUAUAAGGAAUAUGAGCCGCAUCCUUUUUCUCAGCCAGAUGAGGACAAUACAGCUGAAUCACUACCUCUUAUAGAUUUAGAUAUGAUCAAAUCUUACUCACAGAAAAGCAGGCGAUUGGGCAGACGAUUAGGAUCGUUGAAGAGCGCAGAGUCAGAUUUGAAAAAUCUCGACAAGAAAAACAAUGAGUUUGCCAAUCGCGACCAUUCUUCCGGUCUCCACAACGAUCUGUCCGGUUUGUCUGUUGAUCGGGACGGGUCUCAGCCAACAUGCCUGUCAUCACCGAUGGAUUUUCUGCGAGCUAAAUCGAAAAGUCCAGUAUCAUCAAAUUGUGCGCCCAAUAGAGACACCAGCUCUUCACUCAAGGAAAAUAGAAACCCCCAUCAUGCUGACUUGAAGUUUCAUCAGUCAACGCCUUUCUUCUUGUCUUCGCAAUGCAGUAACCGCAACCAAAAUGUUGAACUGAAUACAGGAACGUCUCAAAAACCAUCCUUCAUGUUCUCCUCUACACAAGACAUGAACCGGACUUAUUUGGUGGAAAAGAACAACACGAGUCCCACUGUGCCCAAAGAAGAAUCUGUUGAGCCAUUGAAUCUUUCUCAGCAUCACGAUUAUGCCAACAAAAGUAUUGACCGAUUGCAGUUUGAUAGUGUCCAGAAAUUAUCCAUGCCCGAACUGUUGAACAAACACAAGUCAUUGUCGCCAGAGUACCAAACGACACCCCAUUGCAACCGAACUGUCAAACAAGACAGAAUUCUUCAACCUAACAACUAUUUGUCUUCUUCUCUGUCAAAUAAUAAUCAGAAUCUAUUCCAUAAACCGUCGUCUUUUGUACAGAAAGAAACUACCUCACUUCAUAAAGAACCUCCUCCUGCUCAUAAAGAAUUGUCUGCUGUACAGAAAGAAUCAACACUUCUUAGAGAACCGCCUCCUGCUCAUAAAGAAUUGUCUGUUGUGCAGAAAGAACUGUCCACUCUCCAUAAACAUCCACCGCCAGCCCAUAAAGAAGUGUUUCAACCGUUCCCUAUUCAGAAAAGAUCACCUCCCUUACAAAAAGAGCCACCGUUCCCUGUUCAGAAUAGAUCACCUCCCUUACAAAAAGAGCCACCGUUCUCAGUUCAGAAACAAUCACCUCCCUUACAUAAAGAACCACCGGCCCCUAUUCAGAAGCAAUCGCCUCCCGAACUGUUUGCUGUGCCCAAAGAUCCGAUCCCUGUUCGAAAAGAACCAUCGCCUGAACAUGCCUUCAAGAGACCCGCUGAAGUUGCCGCUGUGCCAAGCCACAAACAGCGGCCAGUUAGCUGUCUCAACAUCACAAGGGCGGCUGUCUCCACCAACCAGCCUCAGCAAAGGGUGCCACCAGCGGCUCAACAACCACUACCAGUCGACAACAAAGCUAACAUUAUCUACGUCAACUCCAAACCAUACAUAAGUCUGAGUCUUCUGGGUAAAGGUGGAACCAGCAAAGUCUUUUUGGUUCAAGAUCCUAGCUCAAAUAAGCUAAAGGCCAUCAAGUGUGUGGAUUUAUCAAGAGUUGAUCAAAUGUUUGCCAAUGCCUAUUUGAAUGAAAUUGAACUUCUCAUCAAACUUCAAGAAUGUGACACAGUCAUAAAAAUGUUCGAUCAUGAAUAUCUUGAAAAUGAAAGAAUGCUGUAUGUUGUUUUGGAAAAAGGCGAUACAGACUUCACAAGACUUAUAAGGAAUCUUUCCAAAGAGAAAAAUGAAAAAGAUCCUUUCAUGAUUUUCUACUAUUGGGGUCAAAUAUUGAAAGCCGUUAAGGAUAUUCAUGAUAGAGGCAUCAUCCAUUCGGAUUUGAAACCAGAUAACUUCCUGCUGGUACAAGGAAAGCUGAAGCUCAUCGAUUUCGGCAUAGCUUCGUCUCUGUCUGGCGACAUGACCAGUGUCUUACUUGAAGUCACAUUUGGAACAUUGAACUACAUCAGUCCAGAAGCGAUCCCCAAUGGUCAUGCCAGCAAGCAUGGUUACAAGAUAUCGUGCAAGUCAGACGUGUGGUCGUUGGGCUGUAUCCUGUACAACCUCGUCUACGGGAAGACGCCGUUCUCACACCUGGCCAGGGACUGGAUCAAAAUGCAGGCAAUCGUCGACACGUCCCAUGUCAUCGAGUUCCCAGAAGAGGUUGUCGGCUGGCGAAUCCCACUUUUCCUCCUGGAAAGUAUGAAACAGUGCCUCAAUCGUGAUCCGAAACAGAGGCCUACAGUUGCUGAUCUUAUCAGCCGACUAAAGUCAGUUUGCGAUUCCAUUUCGUUUCAGCGAUAAAACAAUAAAAUUAAUGAUAAACAGAAGUUGUCCAUAGGAAAAUAAUGUAAAUAAUUGUAGUAUUUCCAGUAGUUUCAUUCUGAACACUUGAGUAGAAGAAAAAUAAAAAAGGUGGAAAGAAAGAUAAACUGCAAGUGAAAUAUUUAUGUACUCGAAUUAAUGAAACUUUUUAUUGGAACAAUAUAUUAAAGUUAUAAUUAUAAGACAUUUUCGCCUUCAGACUUAGCCUUCUUCCUCUAUUUCUAUGAAUAUGUUUCAUUAAUAAGAGUUUAGUCUACUUUUCAGGUAUUCAUAUUUUCUGACUAAUUCACAUAUUACUGAUUUAUAUUUUACGACACAAUUGAGCUUUAAUUAUUGAUGUAAUAGAGGCUAUACUUGUUUUCAAUUUGUACUUUAAUUAAUCAACUGAAAGCUCCUUAUAUGUGCACUAUGAAUAUCUGGUAAAUUUGUGCUGGUAAUCAAUAUUCUGGUACGUCUGAUAGCUCCUUACAUUUGAAAGAAUAAGACGUUGAUGUUGUCAGUAAUACUAUAUCAACGUCGAAAUUCUUUCAAUAAUGGAGAAAUACCAAUACAUCUAUUACCAUACAAUCAAAUCCUUACAUUAGCGCAAUUUAAUAUCUGUAAAUUUUUUCAUCUCUUACCUUCAGGGGUUUUCUUGUUUAAUAUUCAAAUUUUAGUUGAAGAUAAAUUUUAUGUUGUAAUAGGACUGGAUUGUACCAUAGCCUUGAUCUGUCAUUUUUUAACAUUAUCUAUAAAAUAAUAUUGUUGACAUUUGAGUUCUGUUGAGCAACUAAUUUGAAAUCCGAUUCGAGUUGAGUGGUCAAAACUUUUUGUAAUUUCAAAGGUAUAUUUUUAGACUAGUAAAAUUGAAAGAAAUGAGAGAUUUGUAUGAGAUCUAUGUCACAUUGACAAGUAUGAAGAAUCGUCUUGCACAAUUCUGUAUGAGCUGUAAUAUCACGCUCAUGUAUUUGAAAUAUAUGAGGACAUGUAUGCGAUUGCAUGUUUUGUCUGAUCAUACUUGUAUCUCAUACCAAUCCCUCAUACUUGUCCAUGAAGGCCCAAUUCAUAAAGAACGGCACGGACUUUGUGGAAGCGUGGCUUAUGCAAUGCUCAUCAGCUGGGCGGGGCAGUUAUAAUUGUAAACCUCUUCCUUGCCUCAUGUUUAAUCUCGGAAAAUGCUUGCGGGAUAAUGUUGAUCCCUCAUUUUCUGAGGUUAGACAUGUGACUAAGAACUUGUGUGCCCUUUCUUGUACGUCACGAGAGACGGGGUGACGGCGAAAAAGGGACUGUCCGUGUCCCUUUCUGGGGACUGUUCGUCUCUUCUAUGAACAUUGAACCUUUGGAGAGAGGCGGAAGAGGCAAAACCCUUCGUCUGUUCUGUGUGAAUUGGACCUAAAGGUACUCAAAAACAUCUUUUGGUCGCCAUUUUGAUACUUGGUAGUGAUAAGUGAUUAAUAUAAAACGUUUUUUUUUUAACAAAUCCUAAGUUUAGCUUUACGAGAAAUACAGUUUUGUUCACUCGUUCAGCAUUGUCUAGAUUCCUUCAAGUUAGCCUUUGUAGGAAAUCUUUGUAGUAUUUGAUAUUUAUUUACACAUUACUUUAAAUGCAGACUCCUCUAAACAGUACAAAGUUGGUGAUUUAAAGAUUAAUAUUAUUAUUGUAACUUUUCUUCCAAUAAUCUAAUGAAGUUUCAAAACAGUAAAAAAGAAAUAACGAUUUCAGCUCCUUGAUAGUUAGUUCUAGAUGUAACGAAAUUAUUAUCAAUCCAGUACAUCCAAGGAAAGUUAAUCUCAAAUUCAAUACCAUUUACAAAUAUUCCAAUCAAUCCAAAAAGAUGUUCACUUUUAAGUUUUUUCAAUAGACAAAAAUAUAUUUAAAAAUUUUAAACACAAAUAAAAAGGGAUAAAUAGCAAAGAAAACACAUAAUCUAUUAUUCCAAAUGAAUAAAAUUGUAUCUUCCAGUUAUAAUAAAUUACUCUUUUUGAAUUAUAACUUCCUGUCAUUCAUCAUCGUGGAAAUGAAAGUGAUAACUUGUUUAGAUUCCAGUAGUUUUAUAAUUAUAUUAGAGAAUACUAGAUAUAUUCACAAUUUAAAGAACUAUAAAAACUGUGUUGAAUAUCAAUCGAUUUUUAAUCUUAACUCAUAUUAUUGAUUUCAGAAAUAUAUUAGGAUUUGGUACUAAUUCAAAUUUUCUAAAAUAUUUAUUUUGUUCAUAAAUAAAUCAAUUUCAACUUACACCUACAUUUUUAAACAUUUUUUUUCAAUAAUUGCUAGGUACUAAGUGCUAAGAGAAAAGUUGAAACCUUCCAUUAAUUUAAAGUAUUAUAUUAUUAAAUACUUUGGAAUUGUGAAAUUUCGAGUAACUAACUAUGAAAUUAAAGUUAACUCAAAUAGACUGAUGAUAUAAGUAUUUAGUAUUACUUUUGUCUCGUGUGGAGCAAAAAUAGUAAUAUCCCCAAAGUCAUUCAUAUUUAUAUCGCAUUGUAAUUAAGUCAACUUUUAAGAGUAUUAACCUUUGACCUAAUAUUUAACUAACUGAUAAUUUCAUAAUUUGUGUUUCAAGGUUGAAUAAUUUAUGCACAGCACGAUGAUUUUUCCCUAUUGGGUCAUUAAAAGAACCCAUAGUAGUGGAAUAAUAAUUAUUAAGGCUAUGGAAAUUAUCAUUCUAUAUUAAGUUAGUACCUUCUAAUUUAGUUGAUAUCACACUUUUGAUAAGUCGAGUUGCUAGACAUAUAUUCAAAUUAUAAUCAUAUUUUAUCAUCUCCUUGCGUGCUAGAAUUCUAUAUUUAUUGUAUAUAUUGCUAUAAUGAUGCUUUCCAAUUACAACUGUGAUGUGUAAAUAGAUCUCGUAGUAUAAAUGCGAAGAAUAAAUUCAUAUUUUCGAAAUA